CGAGCGUGUGUUUGUGAAAAAACAAAAACAAAAAAAGAAAACAAAAAAAGAAGGCAGAAAAAGAGGUCGUGUCGGCUUCAAACAAACACGACCUUAUCAUCGUCGUCGUCGGAUCCCCAACCCCAUACCCACCAAAAACCAAUAAACCAAAAACCCAUUCGAUUCUCGAUCUCUCUCGCGGCAAAUCCAUUUCUCCGAUUCCCAGCUUUCUCUCUCCUCCCUCUCUCUCUCUUCAGAGCUAGUCAGUGGAGUCCAGCUUCGGUUUUCUUCGGUAAUGAGUUGAGCGCUUGGUGAAGAUUUUGCCUGGUCUGUUUCGCUAUGGCUUUCUCGGCUACCAAUCAUCUCUCCAAAGGAGCCCCUCCAGGGGCCUGUAGUGAUGCUUUAUACAAGGAAUUGUGGCAUGCAUGUGCUGGACCACUUGUCACCCUUCCACGUGAACGAGAGCGAGUGUAUUACUUUCCGCAGGGUCAUAUGGAGCAGCUAGAAGCAUCUAUGCAUCAGGGGCAAGAGCAGCAAAUGCCUUCAUUUAAUCUCCCAUCUAAAAUUCUUUGUAAAGUUUUUAAUGUUCAGCUUCGGGCUGAAAUGGAAACAGAUGAAGUUUACGCACAAAUUGCUCUAUUACCAGAACAAGAUCAAAGCGAGGUUACUAGCCCUGAUCCUCCACUUCCAGAACCUGCAAGGUGCACUGUGCAUUCAUUUUGCAAGACACUGACUGCUUCUGAUACAAGCACCCAUGGCGGAUUCUCUGUCCUCAGGAGGCAUGCGGAUGAUUGUCUGCCACCACUGGAUAUGUCGCAGCAGCCCCCAUGGCAGGAAUUGGUUGCAACUGAUUUGCAUGGAAAUGAAUGGCAUUUUCGUCAUAUAUUUCGAGGGCAACCUAGACGUCACUUACUCACAACUGGCUGGAGUGUUUUUGUCAGUUCCAAAAAAUUAGUAGCUGGUGAUGCAUUUAUAUUUUUGAGAGGUGAAAACGGAGAGCUGCGUGUUGGAGUUAGGAGACUCAUGAGACAACCAAGCAACAUGCCAUCUUCUGUUAUUUCUAGUCACAGCAUGCAUCUUGGAGUUCUAGCCACUGCAUCUCAUGCCAUCUCUACCGGAACACUCUUCUCUGUCUUCUACAAGCCAAGGACAAGUCGGUCUGAGUUUCUUGUAAGUGUUAACAAGUACCUUGAAGCUCGCAGUCACAAACUGUCAGUUGGAAUGAGGUUUAAGAUGAGAUUUGAGGGUGAGGAAGUUCCUGAGAGAAGGUUCAGUGGUACAAUUGUUGGUGUGGGAGACAACGCAUCAUUUGGAUGGCCAAAUUCUGAGUGGCGAUCCUUAAAGGUUCAAUGGGAUGAACCGUCAUCAAUAUUGCGACCUGAUAGAGUAUCUCCAUGGGAAUUGGAACCACUUGUGGCAACUCCUCCCCCAAAUUCUCAACCUACGCCAAGGAAUAAGCGGGCAAGGCCUUCUGUUUUACCAUCACCUUCUUCAGAUAUUUCUGUACUUGGUACAUGGAAAUCUCCAUUGGAGUCUCCUUCAACUCUCUCAUAUUGUGACCCACAGCGUGGACAAGAACCCUAUCCAUCACCCAAGUUUAACACUGCAUCAAAACCCAAUCCGCUUGUUUUUAAUGGGAACAUUUCCAGCAACACAAUGUACUGGUCCAAUCGAGUUGAAGCUGCAACAGAGUCUUUCUCACCUUAUAUUAAUAAAGAGUUUGGAGACAGAAGGCAGAGCAAUGGGAAUGCCUGCAGGCUGUUUGGUAUUCAGCUAGUUGGCAAUUCCAAUUUAGAAGGCACUUCACCUGUGGUUGCAGUGUCUGGAACUAUGGGGGACAUCCAACCAGUUCUGUCUUUGGAUGCUGAAUCUGAUCAGCACUCUGAGCCAUCAAAUAUUAAUCGAACAGAUCAUCCUUCUGUGAGUUGCGAUGCAGAAAAAUCGAGUCUGAGAUCUCCUCAGGAGUUGCAAAGUAGGCAAAUCAGGAGUUGCACAAAGGUACACAUGCAAGGGAUGGCAGUUGGUAGAGCUGUAGAUUUGACAAGAUUUGAUAGGUAUGGGGAUCUGCUCAGGAAACUGGAGGAGAUGUUUGACAUUAAGGGUGAGCUUUGUGGAUCUACCAAGAAGUGGCAGGUUGUCUACACUGACGAUGAGGAUGACGUGAUGAUGGUUGGGGAUGACCCGUGGAAUGAGUUCUGCAAUAUGGUAAGGAAGAUUUUCAUAUAUACAACGGAGGAAGUUAAGAUGUUGUCUCCCAAGAUAAAGCUUCCAGUCAAUGAAGAAGCCAAACCAGGAAAGCUGGAUUGUGAGGUUGCAGUCAACCCCGAGGAUCAAUCAUCUAUUGUGGGGCCUGGGUGUUGAUGUGCAAUGCGCCUUCUUGUGAGGUGAACGUUAAAAACAAAGAAAUGUAAGGAAAAGCAAAACGAAGUGGAUCGAUUGAUUAAGCGUCGCUUCUAAGAUUCUGUCUAUAGGUUCCUACACAGAUGCCACUACUUACAACCAAUAUAUUCCAAUGCUGGAAUCGCCCAAGCAGUUUCCUGACAUUCGGAGAUGGAGGUGCGGAUCUCUAAUGGGCACUGCCAUUUGGAGAGUGAGUUUUCCUUCAUAUUAGGGAUUUGGGUGUUUUUGGUUAUAUUGUUUUAUGGUGUAGUUUUACCAAAGAGAAUUUCCUAAUGCUUAUCUGCCUAGACUUCCAAUGGUUGGGGGGCAAAGUUCUUUGACGCUGUGACUGUGUCAUGAAAACAGACAGUGGGAGCAUAAGCUCUUUCUUUUCAUAUAUAUGUUUUUUGUUCUUUUUUUUUUCCCCACUUUGAGAUCAAGACUCGUCACAUUCCAUUUGUACAUAAAUAUAUAGUCUGAACUUUCUUUUGGGAAUGAGAUAUUUUGAUGUCGUGACAAGAAGUAUGUAACCAAUUAUUUGUGAU